AUGGCUGCCAAAGUGAAAUUACUCCGUAACAUGUAUGAGUGGGUUGACCUUGCAAAAAGUGAAGAAGAAAAUACACUUGAUUUGGGAAACAUUUCAACGAACUUAGAUAAUGUGAAGAAUUUUAAAGACAAAUGGUUUGAAUGUUUUUGUCAACAUGUCGUGACAAAUGAGGGCGAAAUAAAGCUAGAUAAUGAUGUAAUAUGGUGGGGACAGUUAAGUUCCUUGUAUGAUGAUAAGAUUCGAGAUGACUGGCGACUUUCCAUUCUACAAAAUUCACAGUCAUUAAAGAAAGAAACAAAACUUUUCAGAAAUAGAAAUACUGCUGGAGAGAGUGAAUCAAAACUUGUUUUUAAUAACAAGAUUAACGUUUUAUAUGAGAUGAAGAAAGAAUCACUACCAAUGUGGAGAAUCCUUCCUUUUCAAUUCGUAUUAUAUCAUAAUAGUUUAAUGAAAAGAGUUUUAGAAAUUAAAGAAUCAGAAGACAAAAGCUUCGAUGAAUUGUUUGAAGAAAAUGAAAAUGUCUUCAUGGCUUCCCUUGCCCUUCGUGACCAGAAAAGUGAAGGACGAACAAAGAAAGAUUGGAUAAAGUUUAUAAUGAAUAACGAGGGGGAAAAUGAGUAUGAAAAUAGAUGUGGACAGCACGAGAACGAGGCUCGCCACCUUAUUUUGUAUCCUGUCGAGGCGGGAAUAUUUCUUGCGUAUUUCCUUAGAGAGGAAAACAUUCCUUUAUACAUUAUCCUUUUCUCGCUAGUGAUCAAUCAACGUUUGCAUCAAACGAAAAACAAGAAUUGAAUGGUUUGUUUGAAGACAAAACCGAGAGAAGAUGGUUAAAAUUAAUUAGCAUGAU